AUUUACAGUGUUUUUGUAGAAUACUCGGUUAUUCCGUCGGAUUAGUUUACUAGAAGGUCUGAUGCAGCUCGCUGACAUCUUAUUUUGGUGUAUAAUACCUACAUGUAAGAUGGAACUCGUGUAAUUGUCUUUCGCCGAAUAUUGUUUUUCACACCCAAACAUUUGAUCCGCUUUUCUGAGACAGUGAUGUCAGUGUAGAUAAUCGAUUUGGGAAGUAAUUCGUACUUUUAUGUUUCGUCUUAUCUUGUCCUUCAGACUGGUAAAUACGGAAAAUGAAAUGAGAAACCGUUUUUUCCAGUCAGUUGCUUUACUCACACAAAUAUAUCUCAACCGAAUUGAAGACAAAAACACCAAGGAAUAAGUUUAUAUUAAGUUAUAUGAAUGUGAGCCUUUACAGCAUGCACCCACACAGUCACCAAUUGUAAACAUUCUCAAUUCGUAUUUUAUUUAUUAUGCCCAAGAGGCGCAGUCUUGCUCCAAGUCAGGUUGCAAAACGUGGCAGUGAAGACAGGCCACUUACUCCUAAGAGACUGAACAAAAGAUGCUGCCAGGAACCAUCCCGUAAACCCCUUGUGCAGUUGCCUGCUCUUCAGCAACAACCCCGAACUCCAGAGAUUGUUUCAGAGCAUGAAGCUCUCAUCAGGAAGUUGUUAUCUAAGCCUUUCAAAGUGCCAAUACCAAACUACCAGGGUAUACUUGGUGGGCGCUUUCUGGGUAUUGGAAGAAACAGAUGUCGAUGUGCUCUGCAUGACCCCAGUGAGCCAGGUGCACUCAUAUUGUAUGAACCACCAGAAUUCACUGCUCAUGACAAGCUGAAAAUGGAUCUUGAUAAGCAGCCAGUACAUGUUGUGGUAGAUCCAUCACUAUCAAAUGUCCUACGUCCCCAUCAGAGGGAGGGUGUGAAGUUCAUGUAUGAAUGUGUGACUGGUCAGCGCAUACCAGGAAGCUAUGGGUGCAUCAUGGCAGAUGAGAUGGGACUGGGGAAAACACUUCAGUGUAUUACAUUGAUGUGGACACUAUUGAAGCAAGGGUCUGACUGCAAACCAACAAUUGAUAAAGCAAUUGUAGUGGCUCCUAGCUCACUAGUAAAGAACUGGUACAAUGAAAUUAACAAGUGGCUGUGUGGACGAGUGAAUGUUUUGGUUAUUGACUCAUCCUCCAAAGAUAAAAUUGACAGAGACCUGGAAGGAUUUAUGCAGACAUACUCACGCAGGCCUGUAAACCCAAUUCUGGUUAUCUCAUACGAGACCUUCAGACUGCAUGCUUCUGUCCUUCAUAAGAGUGAAGUUGGACUGGUGUUAUGCGAUGAGGGUCAUCGUUUGAAGAACAGUGAAAACCAAACUUACCAGGCUCUCAUGGGACUAAAUGCCAAACGACGUGUCCUGCUGUCUGGCACACCAAUACAGAAUGAUUUGCUUGAAUAUUACAGUUUGGUACACUUUGUAAACCAAGGGAUUCUGGGAACUGCUCAGGAAUUCAGACGCAAGUUUGAAACUCCAAUACUUCGAGGACAGGAUGCUAUGGCAACGUUGGAGGAACGACAGAAAGGUCAGUCAUGUCUAGAUGAGCUAGCAGCUAUUGUUAACCGCUGUCUAAUUCGCCGCACAUCUGCUUUACUGUCUAAGUAUCUGCCAGUAAAGAUAGAGCAAGUGGUCUGCAUCAGACUCACAGACAUUCAACAGAAGAUGUACUCAAAAUUCAUAGCCAGCGAUGCCAUUAGAAGAACUGUACAAGGAGAAAGGAGUGGUAAGGUGAGUUUAUCUGCAUUGUCAGCCAUCACAACCUUGAAGAAAUUGUGCAGUCAUCCAGACCUCGUGUUUGAAAAGAUGGAGGCUGGUGAUGAUGGCUUUGAAGGUGCACUGUCUCUGCUGCCGGAGAAGUACAAUACAAGGAAAGUGAUAAUGCCAGAACUAUCUGGAAAGUUGGCAGUACUAGACUGUUUGCUGGCUGUUGUUAAGGCAACAACACAAGACAAGGUAGUGCUGGUGUCAAAUUAUACACAGACACUGGAUCUGUUUGAAAGACUGAGCAAACACCGUGGUUACCAGUAUGUUCGUCUGGAUGGAUCUAUGACUAUCAAGAAAAGAGCUAAGGUGGUUGAGAAAUUCAAUGACCCAUUGAGCUCUGACUUUAUUUUCAUGCUAAGCUCAAAGGCAGGCGGUUGUGGACUUAAUCUGAUUGGUGCAAACCGCCUUGUCAUGUUUGAUCCUGACUGGAAUCCUGCCAAUGAUGACCAAGCUAUGGCUCGAGUAUGGCGAGAUGGGCAAUGUAAACAGUGUUACAUAUACCGAUUUCUGUGUACAGGAACAAUAGAGGAGAAGAUUUUCCAGAGACAGGCACAUAAGAAGGCCUUGAGUUCUAGUGUUGUUGAUAAUGAGGAGGAUGUUGCUAGACACUUCUCAUUGGCUGACCUGAGGGACCUCUUCAAGCUGGAAACUGACACCUUAAGUGAUACCCAUAACAAGUUUCAGUGUACAAGGUGUGUUAAUAGGAUACAAGUUAAACCUCCUCCAGAGGGAAGUGACUGCACCUCUGACCUGUCGUGCUGGAACCACUGUGCUGACAAACGAGGGUUGGUGGACCUUGUUUUAAAACAGUGCUGGGAUGUGGGCAUCUCAUUUGUGUUUCAUCACCGUUCUCAUGAGCAGAAAAUCAUUCCAUAGUAAUCAUAUCCCUGGUUACUGACAUGUCAACUGUAGAGAUGUGAAUGCUAUAAUUGCUAUCAAAUGAAGCUACAGACUGCUGUCUAAUUAGACAAUACUCAUUUGUUGAAAAUCUCUAACACAAAUAGUUACUGUUUUGGUGAGUCUGCUAGAUACUGAACAUGAAGAACAGUAUAUGUGAGCGCUGUAUAGAUAUUUGUAAACUCUUUUGUAUAUGACUGAAGUGUGUAGUAAAUUAUAUUACUGAUUUUAUUGAAAAAUGAAAGGUUAUCAUCAGGGUAAAUAUAUAGCAACUGUCCUAACAGAAAACUCCAGACUCCAGUAAGUCUUUAAUGUUUUUUUUUUUAUAAGAACUAGAUAUGUCCAAGCAAAUAUAUGCUGACAUAAUGGUAUGUGACCAUUAGUACAUAUUCUAGGUUAAAAUCUCCCUUUCCUAUAUUGCUAAACUUAAAAAUGUUGCUUUUUUAUUUCCAUUUUGUUUCUGGGUGAGAAAGCUGAACAUUAGAUGUCAGUGGGCCCCACUCUUAAUCAUCUGUGUCAGAUUUUGGAAACACUUUCUGCUUUCUUGAAAUAUACUAAUGAGGGAUAUGCUUCAACCUUUUUAUUUUUUUACCCUGACUUACACUUUGGAAGUUAAAAUUGAUUUGUACAUACUUUCAGGCAUGCAGUGCCUGCUGUUAUCAAAAUUAAUUCUAUCAUAUGUGAAACAGAUAAAAUAAAAUAGUUUUUCAACACAUAUCAUAUUGUUAUUGUAAAUUAAUUUUUAUGGCACCUUAUGCUCAUUUCUUCACUUUCCUUUGUUGUUACUGAAGGCAUGAUUAAAAAUAAUUAAUUAUCCCUUUUCUUUCUCACACUUAUGAUUUACAUGUAAGUUGCUGUGAGUAAAUUUUGUGGUCAUCCUGUUUCUAAAGUAAUACAUUGAACAGUUUUGAUGUCAAUUUUUUUAAACAUGAGUACUUUCUUUUUAUUUCUCCCUCUCUACAGCGUAAUGUAAUGUAAUGUAAUGCAGCUUACAGUUCAGAUGUUUUUUCUGUGAACACAUUCUUGGA